AUGGAUUCUGGAUUGUUUAAUGGAGCAGCUUACUGUAAUAACAAUGGCAAAGUGGAAAUGGUGGACCUGACACUGAAACUAGGGUUACCAUAUGAGGCUAAAAAUCCCUCUCAUCUUAGGCAACAUGUUAAUCAUGUCCCCACAACCCCUGAUUUUGCUUACACUGCCUCUCAGGCAGCACCGAAUUUCAGCUACGCAACGAUGAUGAUGGGAGGAGGCGGAGCUGCCACAAAUAACUAUGGGAUGGGAGGAGGAAACUAUGGGAUGACAGGAGGCGGAAUUGCUACAAACAACUAUGAGAUGGGAGGGGGCCGAGCUGCUACAAACAACUAUGAGAUGGGAGGAGGCGGAGCUGCUACAAACAACUAUGAGAUUGGAGGAGGCCGAGCUGCUACAAACAACUAUGGGAUGAUUAAUCGCAUGGGAAAUGCUGUAAUGGGUAACAUAGGAAGCAAUCUUCUUGGGGGCCAAAACCUGAACUCAUGGGCAUAUGAUAUGGGAAGCUCAUCGACUGGUGGAAUAUUGAGGCACCAUCAGCAGUAUCCUACAGGAAUUCCUGCUUACCAGAACAUUAAUGGUGGUUUGACAUUACCUCCAUUUCAAGCUCAUAGCUUGACUAGCUACACACUCCUUGACUGCUCUCCUUUCGAGGCUCGUCAGACUGGAAAGUCCUCUUCUGUUGCAAGGCGUCCACGCAAUGGGAACAACAAUAACCCUUAUAGGAGGUGCACCAAUUGCAACACUAAUGAUACUCCCAUGUGGCGUAAAGGUCCUCUUGGUCCCAAGUCAUUAUGCAAUGCUUGUGGAAUAAAGUAUCAGAAGGAAGAGGGGAAACGAAAAGCCAAAGAAGCAGCCAAAGAUUCAAAAGCUUGA